AUGUUCUAUGGAUAUUUCUUCAAUCGAUUUCAGCGAGACAAGAACUACCGAGGUUUCGCCAUCAUCACAGCAUCUUUCUCUAACGACUCGGAGCUGAAGAAUGUCGUAGCGUUCAAAGACGGCAAAAAGAUUGCGAAUUUCUCGGAACUCAUUCCGUACGCAUUUCUGGAGUGGCUGUCAGCAACCGUUGGGCCUGAAGUCUUCAUCUAUAUGAGAAAACUCGUGUGGAAGAAACGACUUCUCGUGUUCCAUACGAAAGACGUUUCAAUGCAUCCUGUUAGCGGACAAGCCAUAGUGAUCAUCCUUGACAAGCUCGAGUUACUGGAGAAAGCGCUGAAGAGUCCGAGGAGUGUUCGGCUAAUAUUUGUCGUACCGACGUCUGAUGAAUACAAGCGGGAGCACAAACAAUUGAUUCAAUGGGACUCACUGUCAAAUGCUCAGUCGGUGGAUAUCAUCCCAGGUGUUGGGCGGAUGGAGACAAAUCAGUUGAAGACAAUUGACGUGGAGACUGUAAAGGAUUUACGCACAGCCGUCGAUGGACCAAGUGCACAACAGCGGAGCUUCUUCAGUGCUGGAGCACUGAAUCAGUACUCAAUGAUCCUCAAGGGAUUUGAUGAGCACCAGGAGUCUGUGGAAACGAUGCUGGCGAAGAUUCCUCAGUAUGUGUGGAAGAUGUAG